AUGCGCGUGGCAACUAUUGUGCCUGUUCUCCUGGCAUACUCCUCGGCCGUCUUUGCAACGUGCUACUUCCCAAACGGCAAUGUCGUCGAUUCUGACACGGCCUGUAACCCCAAUGCCUUAGUCUCAUCAUGUUGCUACGAUAACCAAGCAUGCCUCUCCAAUGGACUCUGUGUAUCCGACCCUCAUGACCCUGCCAAGGCGCGUCUGCACCGAGGAACAUGUACUGAUAAGUCAUGGAAGAGUGGGAAUUGCGUGCGACAAUGUCUUGACACCGAAAACAAUGGCGCGCCUGUCUACAGCUGCAACUCAACCAGCGUCGAUUCAUACUGCUGCUACGACGACUGUGAAUGUGAAAAUCCGUUUGAGGUAUUCAAGUUCAAUCAAACACCCGCCGACGUCUACACCAUGACCAUUAUUCUCGAAUCCUACACGCAAACCCAUACCUCGACGCCGAAAGCCGUGACUUCAACAUCGACCGCAUCGACCGCAAAAGCUGCAACAGUAUCGGCGAUUACAACCAUCGUAUCAACGUCCGCGGCGCCCGCAUCGACCACUGCUUCCUCAACCCCCGCGGCAGCGUCGGGCACCAAAGGAGAUACAACCAAUUACGUUGCACUUGGCGUAGGAUUAGGUGUAGGACUAGGUAUCGGCAUACCCCUAAUUCUCCUAUUUGCCUUCUUCUUCUACCGCCGCAACAAAGGUCACAAGCCCGCAGACAGUGAUCCAGCGAACCCCGCGGAACUCACAAACGACGCUUACUUUCCUCCCCAUGAAAAGUACGCCCAGAACUACCAGUCCGAAGUGUCAGGAGAUAGCGUCGCGCCUGAAAUGCCGGCUUCGUCGCACGAGCCCGUCGAGCUGCCGAUUAAUAACGACCGGACGGAUACCACGACGACAGUCAAGUAUCACUGA